AUGUCUAGUUCGGUUAGUACCUGUCGAGUUCCUGCUGAGAAUGAACGAGAGAGAUUACUGGGGGAUAUAUCGUCUCUCAUGAGUUUUUCCGAAGGUACACUAUUCAUGUAUAGCAAAGAUUUCCACCUUUUCAUUCACGUUCGCUGUUGAGUAUGGACGACAAUAAAGUUUACAACCCAGAAAAACGUCCCAAAUAUUAAAAUCUAUUUUUCACAUUGAAAACUAAUCAGUUACUAUAGCGGAAAUAAACCGUUGAAUGGUAUAAAUUUAAAGAAACUCGUUUUGAGACUACGAGAUUGUUUAUUCGGAGAUUAGGGAAGCCACCAGCACGGGUUACCCCAUUUACGGUGAACAUUAAUUAAAAAAAAAUAUAUUAUAUAAAUAAACGUGAGACUAACUUAACUAUAACUAUAUAUUACGGAUACCCGACAGUUUUUCAUAGUUUAAGGAAAGAUUUUUAUGAACAGUUCUUUACGGACACUUCUUUUCGUACAGUUUUGUGAGACAUUCUCCAUUGUUUAUAUUGAUAUACAAGGGACAUCGCCCCAACACUAUUUGACACUGCAAAGUUACAUUUGAGGCAAAUUAAACUUGUUUAGGUUAAUAGACAGCUCCGAGUAAAGAAGGCAAUUUUAUUCCAGUUUCGUCUCUUUUUAGUCAGUUUGAGCAUAUAAGUAAUUUCAACUGCAGCAAUCUGUACGCGAACAAGACAGCAUUAUAAAAUCAUACAGUUAUAUAUCGAAUGGUCUAAGCACGAGCAGUGGCGUAGCCAGACCUUCAUUUUUGGGGGGGCGAAGCGAACGCCGAAGGCGCGAGACCCAUGGGCGUACCGGAAGGAAAAAAUUGGGGGCGGAACGAAAAUUGCCCGACUUUCCGGGAUUCUGCCCGACUAGUACCAAAAAAUUUUUUCCGGAAAAAUUAUUUUGGCGACAUCCCCCCCCCCGUCGCCAAAAAAAUCGGUCAGUGUACCAUUUUAGGGGUCAAAAAAAUUUUCCGGACAACCAAUAUUUUUCGCAACAUAACACAAAUUUUCGAAAAUUCACAAAAUUUGCCUAAAAAUUCACUUAAUUUUAGACAAAAUUAACAGAAUUUGUUCCAUUUUUUUUUAUUGCAUACCAAAAUUGCCUGACUGUUGAUUGAAUUUUCCUCUUGGAACCAUAUUUACAACUGUUUUAACGAGAUUUUAAAAAUCAAGUUCUUCCAGUAUUUCGUCGUUUUCCUCAGUGGAGACGUACUUAAUCCGUUUCAGCUUCGAGGAUGUAACGUGUACCCCCCCCCCUCUACGGAUUUAGCCUUUUUCAGAGAAUAAUUUUUUUGCGAUUGGGGGGGCGACCGCCCCCCCUUGCCCCCCCUUGGCUACGCCCCUGAGCACGAGAGCAUCAAAACGAGGCUGAAAAGGCAUGAAACAAAAGUUUUCAGUGUGUGGAUUUCAGCGUUUCUUGGGUUAGUAUGAGACUUUAUCACAUACUUUAUACAAGGUAAACUUUAUGUGUUCUUAAUUAAACCUUAGAAAAUAAGCAAUCGAAAAAUACUUCAAUCAAAUUUAUACAUACAGUCCUGACAAUGUAAAUUCCAAACACGAUGGAUCAACUAAAAUAAAUCACCCAUCUGGUGCAUUAUCAACCCCAGUUAAUGUAGAUAACCUGCCCGCUGAGGAAAGUUUCCCUAGAGUUAUCAUUGAAAUAAAGAACAAUGCCCUAUUAUCCACACAACAAUCUAAGACUACAAUCAACUCCUUCAAAAAAGAUUACUCAUUAAGCCUGAACCGCGAGCCUUUUCAGGCUAAGAAUGUUUUAAACUAUUUGCCCUUAUGCGAAGAUCUAAGUAUAAUCGAAGAUGUUUCUGCAAACCUCACUUUUGACGAAAAUGAAUUAGAUCAGCGUGAGCAGGAUUUAUCCGAUGGGUGUCAACAUUUCAAGCAACGUGGGAAGCAAGGCAUAUGUAGGAAUUGCGACCGAUCCUAUGCAAAAACCGUGUUAAGCCUUGAUGCCCUUAACCCUGACCAGGUGAAUCCCCGAUCGGAUAGGUCAAUCAGCGAGUCAAAUCUAAAGCAUUCUUCGUUCCCUCAUCUUCCAACCCCGAGACCCUCAAGUCUUAGACACGGUCAAGUUACAAACCCCUUAGGGUUUCGAAGGCACCAUUGUAGUCGGUAUCCUUUUUUUAAAACGUUGUCGUGUCAUUCCUUCGUAUCGGACAGCCCACCGCCACCACUCUCUAGAGUGGUUGGCCCAUCUCCACACAGUGGCCUGUUUGACGAGUCAGCAGCAGACAAUAUGAUGAAAAUACCUGUUAGAAUCACUUCACGUCAGAGACCAUCACGUCAGAGACUAUCAUAUCAACAAACCAUUAAUAAUUCUUCUAGUAUUAACAAUAACUUGCAAAAUAGAAAUCUUGUUCGUGUUCCUUUGUCCAACCCUGCCUCUCCAAACGCUUCCGCACUCUCGUGGUCAUUCACGUCGAAAACCACUAAUGAUACGGCCUCAGCCCAUUUAACAAAAAAGUCAGAUAACAGCCUCAGUACCCUUCCAGGUCUCAAACUGGUCCACCUAAACAUCCGCUCUCUGAAAAAUAACGCCCAUUUUUUAGAAUUACGUAAGUUUACCAAAUUUAACAAAAUUGACAAUUUAACAAAAUUGACGUCCUUACAGUAUCAGAGACAUGGUUAAAUACCUCCGUCACAAACAAGGAAAUAGAAAUCGAAGGUUAUAAGCUACAUCGUUUAGACCGACUGCACAAGAAAGGGGGCGGGGUAUGUGUUUACAUACGAAAAGAUAUUAAAUCUCUUGUACUUAAAGACCUCAGUUAUAUCUCCGAGACGAAUUUCCAUCAAUUAUGGAUCAAAUUACAGCACAAAAAAUCUAAAUCACUGUUGGUCUGUGUCUCUUAUCGACCCCCAGACAGCCCGCUUGACUGCUUCGAAAAAUAUUUUAACCCUAAUUAUGUUCAUGCUCUGACGAUGGGAAAGUUGAUCAUUCUUCUUGGAGACCUAAACUGCGAUAUGCUUAAGCCCACACCUGGAUCAGCGUCUUUGAUCAAGACGACAAAAGAACUCAACCUUAACCAGUUAAUAAAAUCACCAACAAAAAUUACUGAAUCCAGUCAGACCCUCGUCGACGUUAUUUUCGUAUCCUCGCCAAGACUAGUAGUCAACAGCGGCGUCAUAGAAACCUGUAUCAGCGAUCAUUUCCCUGUGUAUGUAUCACUAAAACUUAAAACCGACAAAUCUCCACCAAACUAUAUCACUACCCGCAGCUACAAUAAAUACGACCCUGAUUUGUUCGCGAUCGAUCUGGCAUCCAACCGUGAGCGUCUUGUUUCCAUUUUCAGAAUGGACAAUGUUGAUGAAAAACUAACCAUUUUUAAUGAAAUAUUUUUAAAUACAUUGGAUAAACACGCCCCAGUAAAGACCAUAAAA